AACGGCCCCUGACCCAGACACAGAUGGAACCAGGGGAGGAGUCCAGUGUCCCGGAUCCCCAGGGCUCAGAGGAAAUGGAGGCUGGAGCAGAUGGUGAGCUCUUUGGGCCAAGGUCUUUCUCUCCCUGUGUGUCUGUGCAGCACCCAACAUGACAGGCCCCCGAUGUCGGUCAGACGACAGUGCCGCCUGUCUCUCGGAGGAGGAGGAUUCUGACCAGGAAGGCCCUGAGAUGGCGCCAUCCCACAAGAUGUGGCCAGGGGUCUCCAAGGGCGAUGUCUCGCCUGGCUCCCCAUGGGACAUGGCUGACCAGAGCCCAGGCGUUGGGGCACAGGCGCCGGAUGACUCUGGUGACCUGGAGCAGGGGCUAGAGGAGCUCGGUGACAUCAUCGUGCACCGGGUGACGCAGAUGGGCGUGAAGCCGUGCCGCUACAUCGAGGGGGGGCGCAGCUACGAGCUGAACCCCGGGCUGGCCCGCCGGCUGCUGCGGCUGGACGAGAAGCCAUACGAGUGCACCGAGUGCGGCAAGAGCUUCAACCAGAGCUCCAACCUGCACCGGCACCAGCGCACGCACACCGGCGAGCGCCCCUACUGCUGCCCGGCCUGCGGCAAGGCCUUCAGCCGCCGCUCCAACCUGGCGCAGCACCAACGCAUCCACACCGGCGAGCGCCCCUUCCACUGCGGCGACUGCGGCAAGAGCUUCAGCGAGAGCUCCUACCUGAUCCGGCACCAGCGCACCCACACUGGCGAGCGCCCCUACAAGUGCCCGGCCUGCGGCAAGGCCUUCUCCCGCAGCUCCCACCUGGCACGACACCAGCGCACCCACACUGGCGAGCGCCCCUACCUCUGCACCGACUGUGGCAAGCGCUUCGGGCUCAGCUCCGACCUGGCCACACACCGCCGCACCCACACAGGCGAGAAGCCUUUCCGCUGCACCGACUGUGGCAAGGCCUUCUCCCGCAGCUCCCACCUGGUGCAGCACCAGCGUACCCACACCGGGGAGCGCCCCUACCGCUGCGCCCAGUGCGGCAAGAGCUUCUGCCAUGGCUCCAACCUGCUGCAGCACCAACGCACGCACCGCGGCGAGCGCCCCUACCGGUGCCAGCAGUGCGGCAAGGCCUUCAGCCUCAGCUCCAACCUGAUCCGUCACCAGCGCAUCCAUACGGGCGAGCGCCCCUACCGCUGCACCGACUGCGGGCGCAGCUUCGUGCUGAGCUCUGACCUUCUGCAGCACCACCGCGUGCACACAGGCGAGCGUCCCUACCAGUGCCCCGACUGUGGCAAGGCCUUCUCCCGUGCCGCCCACCUGGCCCAGCACCGCCGCACCCACACGGGUGAGCGCCCCUACCACUGCCAGCACUGUGGCAAGAGCUUCAGCCAUGGCUCCAACUUCAUCAAGCACCAGAGCACCCACCUGCAUGGCUGGCAGCCCUGCUGGCCCCUCAAGGAGGGAGGGGAGGGUCCUCAGGAUGGUGGGUCUGACAAGGAGGUGGAGGAGGGGCAGGCACAGCCUUAGAGUAUGGCGGUGCUUGGAGCGCGGGACCUGCCACACCAUCAUCGCCAGCCUCCUAGCCAGAUCACUUGAAUGGGGUGAGAAUUUAUUAAACAUCACAGGACCCUGCCCUGGAUGGAACUGGGAACCCACUCCCAGCCUCAUAGCCAGGUGUCUAGGAUGGAAUUGGGAACCAUAGCCAGGUGUCCUGGGCAGAGCCGGGAACCUAUUAAAUGUUGCAGACCCUACUGCUGCUUUAAGGGCCACAUCACUUAGCACCCACAAUGUAUCACACAUCAGACUAUGCUGCAAUAGGGUUCACAGCCACCUGGCCCAACUCUAGCCAGCCUAUCAAGCAUCCAACAACUCAACACUGACUCCUGCACAGCCUUUUGGUCUUGUUUAAAUUGCCCUGGUUUGAUCUAAAUUGGUUUAGAAGCCAGUUUUUAGGCCCAGUGUAAACACGGUGACAGUAACCUGCAGGUCAGAGCAGCCAAGCCCUUGUGUGAUCCCAGCCAUUUGUGAAUCUAGCUCCCACCUGUGCCAAGGUGCUGAGUUGAGGAUGAGGGUCCCUGCUUUGCUGGGAGGAGAUUCCAGAGAGUGGAGGACUCGAAUCUCAUAGAGGCCGAGUGAGAUUCAGCAGGCAGGUGCCACCCUGGGUCAAUUCAGACUAGCAAUGAAGGGCAAAUGUUUGUUAGGAUGGGGGAUUCCCCAAGGAGGCAGCUCCCCCUGGGAUGAUGGGAGGAAUGCUCCAUCCCUUGGGGACCCUACAUCCAGGCCAAAUGUCUCUAAAGGCUGUGCUCUGGCUCCAGCACCAGAUCUGGGCUAGGGGCAGAAAUGGUUGCAGGUGGACCUCCAGGCCAUAUGAUACAGGGAGACAGGCUGGGGGAUGGGUACGGUCCCUUCUCUCCUGUUAUCUGCAAUGGCAUUCCCACACGUGCCCAGCUGUACAGAGGGAGGCUCUUGUGAACCAGGGUCUUAAAAGCUGGAUCUGGGCCCUUCUAUUUGCAGCACCCCACAUAGAAUCAUAAGAUUGGAAAGGACCUUAAGAGGUCAUCUAGUCCAGUCCCCUGCGCUCAUCUGCCUAGCAGUCGCAUUUCCUCCCCUUUUCCCAGGGUUGAGCUUCGUUCGCACUCAAAUAAGACACUCGCAAGUAAAGGCCAAAGGAUUCCCAAGGAUGGGGGUGGUGCUCCCAGAAAAUCCAGCCAGCCACACGCCUCCAGAUGAGGUGCUACUAACAUCACCUUCCCCUGGCAGCAUCUCCAGCCUGUGGCUACUUCAUAGAAGGCUGCUAGUUUAGGAGCACACUGAUAGCUGGGCUGGAUGCAGAAGUCAGGGGUGAGGUUCUGUGCUAUGUGGUAGGUCAGACAGGAUCACCAUAGUGUCUUCUGGCCUUGGGCUGUACAACCUUGUCCUAUUCUGUCCUUUAACCCAGUCUGUGCUGCUUCCAACAAUCCUGGUUCCCGUCUCUUGCCCAGUUCUCUGGUAUCUCUUGCCAGCACUCUAGCUUCCUCUGGUGAUGAACAAACCCCCAUUUCUGCAUUGUAACACUUCUAGGGAGUGAUGCUUAGCUCAUCAAGGGCUAUGUUAUCGCUGAACGAUCUCUCCAGAACCAUCCCCUUCUCAGUCUAGUCCCCAAGAUGCAUGUUGCAAAGGUACAGGUGACAGUCUUUGGCUGUGCUCUUCCAGUCUGGCUUGGGGGGGUGAUCACAUCUGCCCCCUGUUUUGGAGGAGCUCUGCCCAGAGGCCAUCGCUGUUUCCUAAAGGCAUCCUGCAAGGUGGGCUUGGGGUUGAACUUUAGCAGGACAAGCAGCUUCUGGCCCGUCCCGCAGUGGGAACACUGGGAAGCAUAGCAGACAGCUAGCCCAAAACCUCGUGUUGCACCACUGCCAUGGUGGGGGGUUCCAGUAAAAUGGGUCAGAACAUUUCAGUGCAACAGCUUUGCUUAGCUCUGAGCCACCCCAUUGAGUAGGCAGAACCAGCGCAAACUGCCCUGCCCUCCUAGAGCCUCACUCUGUCUGUUGAACAUAAAUCUCAAGCCAUGGUACAAGUCAACCUCCAGCCUGGCUCUUGAGCAGGGCCAUCACCUCUUUUGUGUAGAAGAGUUUCAAAGCUGCCAAAGGGAUUUGGGUGCCCAGGAGGGAGUGGUGUUACCUCUCUGUAUGGCAUAGGUGAGACUGUCAGUGGGACAGCAUAUCCAGGCCAGGGAUUGGAAAAAUUGGAAAGGGCUCAGUACAGAGCCAUGAGGAUGUUUGGAGGGUGCGGAAACCUGCCUUGAGAAGCUCAACCCAUUUAACUCAGUGAGGGCAAGGCUAAUUGGGGUGAUUUGAUCCCAGUCUGUCAGUCCCUACAGGGAGAAAUUUCUGACAGUCAAGGGCAUGGGAAUCUCCCAGACAAAUGCCCAGCAGGGCUGGGAGCUGAUGCCCCUUAUUGCCAGAGUUAAUUUGUGUGGCAAGUAUUUCCCAGGGAGGGGAUUCCCCCAGUGGAAGAAUUGACCUGCAGAAGGGGAGGGAAGAUUCUCCAUUGCCUGGAGUCUUUUAGUCCAGAUGGGUUGUCUCUCGAGAAGCAGCACUAUAGCUCAGCCCAAAGGAUGACCUGAAUGCAAGGACCCCUGCAGGAGAUACUAGGCGGGUGCUAUGCAGGAAGUGGAAGUAGACUCAUAAAAUGGCCUUAGAAUGGGAAUGUGGUGCCUAAAUGCCGCUGGUGGCUUUGAAAACCUCAGGCCCAGCUUGUGUGGUGGGAAGCAAGGGGCAGGCAAGGUGGGAGAGGUAUCUAGUCCUGCUGCAGUGGGGGAGUACACUGUCAACCUCGCUGGUUUUCUUUGUUACACUUUUGUUACCAAGCAGCAUUGUGAAGGCAUGACAGUGACUCUGUAGCAGUGCCUGGAGGUUCUCCCUAUGAACCACCUAAACUGCUGUGGGAGCAGUCAAGGAGGAUAAGGACACUGCUGACAUGCUAUGUUCCUUUUCCUCAGCCCUCUGCACUGAGGAUGCUGAGAGAUACCUGCUCUUCUGUGGUAAUAAAGAUACGGUGCUACCAGGGACUGGGAGCACUUCCUUAUAAACAGCUGCUCUAUGGGAUGAUGAUAAAUUUUGUGCCUAUUUAAAAAAGCUCCAGGGAAUCUCACUAAACUGUUUGAAGAAACACAAUCAUCAAAGCCCUCAACACUGGUGGUAGGAAGAGCUGACUGACCAGGAAAGUCACACUGGGCUUGUGUAUUAGACUUCAUGGAGCAUGUCUCCAAACUAAAUGUCAGUGAAGGAGAAUCAGCUCCUGUCAUUCAUUUGAACUCACAAAAGCACUAGCAGAGUCCGUCCCAAGAGCAAGGAAGCUAGAAAGAAGAGGGGAGGAGGGAGAGAGAGAAACUUUUGCCCUCUACCAGAAACUUGCUAGGAGACAGGAAGCAAUGGGUAGUGUUAAAUACAUGGUCUGCUUUGAUUGUGGUGAAAGAUUCAGAGCAGAGUCUACCGGGUUCCACACCAGGCCAGUGUUUGAUAUAUUUCAUGAUCAGGAAGUGGAGGGUGAGCAGUGAAAUGGCAAAAUUUGCAGGUGCAAUAUGGUGGUCUGUGGAAGAUGCCAAGUAGUGGCCCACCUUGUACUUUCAUCACUUAGGAUAUUGAUCCGUGGGCAUUCAUGGUUUCUUGCUUCCAUGCUGUCAGUGACUCAGGAGCAGAUCAUGCCAUUUUUGAGAGUGCUGCUCCCCUGUCAUCCACCUGACCCUUCCUAAAUAGGUUGCAUCCAGUGAAUUUUAACAUUCCCAUCACGCAAAUCAUCCCAGCAGGUUUCAGAAAUACCUACUGGGGCAAAUUAUUACUCAUUGCUCAAUAAACUGCAGUUCUUCUUGUUUAUUACCCAGGCUCCUAGCAUCGGUGUAGGGGCGAAUAAAGACUUGUUUUUCUUCGGG